AUGCACUACACCCUCAAGUUUAACCCUAGAGUCAUCCAAGAUUUAGAAGAUGAGGAUGACUUGGAUAACGUGGUUUCCCACAGUGAUGACUUUGCAAAUGUGUACAUAGUCGAGUCACCCGGUGUGGAAGCCAUAGAGGCAAAUAUACCGAAUACACAGUUGGCACUUGGAGGUCCACAUCCUACGUUUCCUUCGUCUAAUGCAUCAUGCGAUGCAAGUCCUAAUACUAUGAUGUUAUCAAGAGGUUUUGCAUCGCGUUGUGCAGAUAGUGAGUACACCCCUUUGGAAUCAAAUCGGUUUCGUGAGGCAAUAUUAGGUUCCGGACAUACAUUUAAGAAUGCAGAUGAGUUUCGGAAUGCAAUAUACCAAAUGUCAUUAGCUGGAAGGUUUCAAUACAAGUACAAUAAAAAUUCACCUACUCAUAUGUCAGUAAAGUGUUCAAUUGAGGAUUGUCCUUGGAAGAUAACAGCUCAUGCUGUUGAAGGAAAUGAAAUAUUGCGAGUUUAUACUUACCAAGUUAAUCAUAAUCAUAUAGCUCAAGAUGAGUGUUCAGCUAAGGUGCGGGUUUCUUCCAAGAGAGGUGUUGUUGUUGUUGAAGACGUGUUUAGAACAACUCCUGAAUACCUUCCUCGACAACUUUGCAAGGAUUUUGAACGUGAUCAUGGAGUUCAAUUGACUUAUAACCAAGCAUGGCAUCUUAAAGAGAAGGCAAAAGAGCGUUUAUAUGGAUCUCCACGUGAGUCCUACGCAUUUUUGCCUUGGUUAUGCCAUAGGCUAAGGGAAAUUAACCCUGGAACUAUUGCCGAGUACACUUCUCAUGAAGGUCACUUCAAGCAAUUGUUCAUUGCCCAUGCAUUUUCAAUUCAAGGGUUCACCAUGGGGUGUCGACCGGUAUUAGCUAUUGAUUCUUGCCACCUAAGUGGUCCAUACAAAGGAGCUCUUUUGUCUGCCAUUGCAUAUGAUGCAGAUGAUGGAAUGUUCCUCUAG